AUGAUCACCUCCAACUCGUUCACAUUCAAGUCAUUACAUAUCUCUGCACUUAGAUCAAUCAUUGGAUACAUUGAUGAUAAUGUUGACCAACUAUGUUUCUUCUUGAGCGAGAAGUACUUGUACGAUCUGGCCGCACAGCUAUUCACACCAAUCUACUUUGAUCGUCGUGAGAUCGGUCACUACUUCAACAGCUUCGACCUCUACUAUGACGCGCUCUGCACCGAGGAAUCAGUUCGCAACGAUGUCUUGCUGCCUGGCGACAAUGAAAACAGCAACACCCCACCGACAAUGAUGAGACAUCUAUUCACCUAUUGCAUUAAACGAUGUAAACAGCACAUGAUGUCAAUGAUCAAUGGUGAUGAAGAGUUGCAGCGGUUGGUCGCGUCUGGGCUGUCAAUUGAGCUCGACCCCUCCUCCACCACCGACUACCUCAAGAUCAAGUGCAGGUCAUACAUCACACUUGAACCUGGCAUGCUAUCCGAGUCAAUCGUGCAUCUUAUACUGCAUGACAGCUAUGUCCACCCUAUCUUGCCGGGGACACUACCAUCAAGAUUGCAAAGCCUAACAUUUGGAACAUACUUUGAUCAAACAUUGGAUGAUCGUGCACUACCUCCAAGUCUUACCUCGUUGACAUUCGGUGGACACUUCAAACAAGAGUUGAAGCCAGGUACAUUGCCCAGCACACUUACAACCUUGAAGUUUGGCGUGAUAUAUAACAAACAACUUAUGGCUGAUGUGUUACCGUCAUCACUCACCAGCCUGACUCUGGGUGAUGAUUUUAAUCAGAUCUUGUUGCCAGGCACACUACCGUCGCGACUAAAGACAUUGGUUAUUGGGCAUAUGUUCAAUCAAAAGAUCAAUCGCGAUGUUCUUCCAAAUGGACUGGAAUAUAUCACGUUUGGCGAUGCACUCAAUCAGUCUAUUGAGUUUCUCAACUUGCCUCCAAGUAUCAGGCAACUCAAGUUUGGAGUUGAUUACGAUAAGCCAUUUCCCCCCAACAGCCUGCCUCCGGCAUUGACCGACCUCUCACUCCCAAGCAAACAAUAUAUAACAUUGAAGCUCAAAGGACUGCCUGCAUCAUUGACCAUGCUGAGCCUAGGAGGAACAUACCAAGUGUGCGAGAAGUCAUUCCCCCCCACUACAAACAACAUGAAGACAGUCAUACUCAAGAAAUAUAAGUUCUCUGGCGACAAGUUUAGAAGAACACUCAAGUCACUUCCAUUGAUGACACGCCUCCACUUUGAUUACUUGUUGCCGUUUCCCAUACAAGGCGACACAUUUCCAAACACAUUGACACAUCUAUCAUUUGGCGACUCGUUAAAUCAGGACAUCGCACAUGCCAUACCCAACACUUUGAAUGUUAUACUCUAA